AUGGCCACCUCGCGCAAAUGGCUGCUAGCAGCCCGGCACAGUUCAAUUACCCCAUUCCUCUACCAAACACGCACCCUUGCAGCUCCGACUCUCCGCACGUCAUACUCCACGACAGCUGACGGCCUGGACGAGGAGACCUCAAACCCCUCCAGCACCUCGCCCUCAUCGACGACUACGAGUACCGAACGAGCACCACGGCCAUCCUUCCUCCAAAAACAUGCAGCAUCACGACUAUCCUCGAGCCGGGACGCAUCGAAAAAGCGAAAGGUCGCAAUGACCCGCAGCGAGAGGAAGGCUUUCGGAGAGUUGCUAGGAGAGCUCCAAAAAUCAGAGCCAUAUCCCGCAUUCGCAGCAUCCCAGGGCCUAAAGAAGAAACCCGAGAGUGGUAAUAGCCGCGGUGACGAGAUGUCCCAGCUCUCUGAGAUUUUCGAAUCGGUGCUCGCGGAAGUGCGGGGGAAGGAUAAGCGCGGUGGUGAACGGAGACAGCUACGACGUCGCUCGGUCCAUGCAGAAGAGGAAGGCGAUGAGGAGGAUGAAAUGUGGGCUGAGAUGACCCUUGGCGAAGGUGGAGAGACGGUGGUUGAUAUCUCUGCGAUACUGGGUGAGGAGGGGAAGCAGGUUCCCAUGCAGCGGGCGGUUAGGAUUAUCGUGAAGAGGGAAGCAAAGAAGAUUGAGAAUAUGCUGAGGGAGGCGGUUAGUGAUGAUAAGGGGGAUAUUGGGAUCUGGGAUGUUUGCAAGGCGCGCAUCUUCUCGAUGUUGGAGCAUAUUGGACCGAAUACUGUUUCUGGGCAGAGGAAGCGACACUCUCAGCAAGAGCAGGAGCAGCCGACUUUGGAGAUUCCGCCGUCGGUUCCUGUUGAGCCGGUCGUGGUUUCGCUGUACCCUAAGAUGCUUCUCGUUGCUUUCCGUCUGCUAAACCAGCACUACCCCAAGUCGCAACUCAUUGGCCAAUUCCGGUCAACGAUUAAAUCGCAUGGCCGUGCGUCUGCAGUCCUGGGUACGUCUACGGGUCUGUACAACGAGUUGAUCACCUUCUACUGGCAGGGUAUGAAUGAUCUGGCCGGGGUGACUUCGCUAUUACAGGAGAUGGAAGUGAUCGGUGUGGAUGCAAACGAAAGAACAUGCCAUAUUCUAAAGGAAAUCUUGCGCCAGCGGGAUCGGGACCUUAAAGAGCAUUGGUAUCGUCGUCGCCAAGUUGAAGAGGGGGGUAAGGUCCGGACUCGAGAGCCGUGGUGGGAUAUGGCGCCAAAUCGGCGGGCAGUUAGGGACUUGCUUGGACCGGAGGGAUGGGUGAGUCGGUUGGAAGCGCGUGUACAGAAGAGGCGCUCUGUAUAA